AUGCAGUUCAAGUUCCUCGCCCUCGCCGCCCUCGCGGCAACCUCCGUCGCCGCCGACAUCAAGUCCUCGCUCGACACCAUCGGCACCGCCGUCGUCAAGCUCAACUCCACCGUCACCUCCUACCGCGGCGACCUCCUCGGCCUCAUCCCCAUCACCACCGACGCCCUCUGCUUGCUCGACGACAUCAACGAGGGCACCAAGACCGCCCAGGCCGCCGCGCCCCUCUCCUACGACGCCGCCCUCGACAUUGCCCAGUCCACCGGCACCCUCGCGUCUUACGUCAACGACGUGAUUGACAACUUUGUGCGCACCAAGCCCAAGUUUGCGAAGCUGCUCAUUGUGGUGCCGAUCAUCAAGGAGACGCUCAAGACGCAGCGCGCGGCGACGGCGAAGCUCUGCAAGGCGGUCGUGGACAAGGUCCCGCAGGAGCUGCAGGAGAUUGCGGAGAUUAUCGUCAAGCAGAUCGACGACAAGUUUGCCGAGGGCAUCAAGGCGUAUUCUUGA